GACUUUCUUCCCCCUUGAAAAACCCGGUGAGAUCUUGAUGAAUUUCUCUUCCCUUCUUGUUCUAGAACCCAUAAAGAACCCAGAAGUUUCCCCUCCCUCCCUGCAGAAACCGGAUCUGCUCUGCUUUGCUCUGUCCGCCGGCUGCUCUUGUUAUGGGGGGCGAAUUGCUUGGGUUUUGGUUUCCCUGCAGCUUGCCGCCGGCCUCUUCUUCUCCCUGCUAGGUCCGGUUCUUGCUGGAAAUUUCUGUCCCGUGUGCAUGAGUUGUGGUUUGCUAAAGCCAUGCUCUCCUGCCCGUGAGAAAUGGGGAAAUUCCGGUAGCAAUUAAGAGGGGUUUUAAGCGUGUUUUGUUGCUUAAUUCAUGUGUAAAUUGCUUGAGUUGAUUGCUGUGAUUUUUGGAGAGAAAACCCCGUGAUUAACUAGUGUUUUGGCCAAAUUGUGAAAGUCGGGGUUACUGUUCACGUCGGGUACUGUUCACCGACACUGUUCACACCCCGAGGGCCAACAUUUAAUGGGAAUUUAAAUGAUUAGUUUGUGAUAUGAGAACGAAUUUGGAGACGUUCGAUCAUGUGGAAAGUGAUAGAAAUGGCAUUGUGAUUAGGAAUGAUCCUAAUGAUGAUUUCAGCUUGAAUUUGUGAUAGUCCGGUAUUAAUUCUUGAAAUAUCUUGAUUAGGUUCUUGAUCGUCCUGUCAGUUUAGUACGUGAAUUGAGUGCUCGGUUUUAUGUGAGUGAGGUAAGUAAAAUUAUGGUAAUGCCCUUCGACUUUUCAAGCAUGUUUUGAUUUGUUUUUGAAAUGGUGGCGGGACUAAACCCGUUUUACACGAGCAUGACUGAUUUGAAGUGAAAGUUUUAUGUUUUUCAUGAAAUUAAGCAUGCCUACUUGAAACUUGAUUGACUGUCCUGAUGACCUGAAAGAGAUUGUGAAGUGUGAUUUUCCUGUUAACUUCUGCCUGUUUUGUCUCCGAUGUGGUCAUGUUAUUCUUGACCCCGCUAGUGGGGGAGGUUACAAACGCUAGCACAUGUCGACAUGUUCCUGAUAGAACCGGUUCGCUCUUGGCCCUACUAGUGGGGAUUAUACACUAGUAUUCCUGUUUGCCUGCCAGUGGGAACUGGCUAUUCCUGUUUGCCUGCCAGUGGGAACUGGCCAUGACCUAUAGAGGAGACGUCUAUUUCGUGCCCGUACUGUAUCCGUUUUUCGUGAUUGCACUUGUUGGCAUGCUGUAAGUUUAAU